AUGAUGAGGGCGAUGAGCAGCGCCGCAGUGCUCGGUCUCCAGAGUCUGUUCAUACUCACAGAGACAGGCGAGGAUGAAGAGGGCGGUGAGCAGCGCCACAGUGGUCAGUCCGAGAACCACGAGCAGCAGCAGCAGACAGCACUCAUGUCUCGUCAGACAGGCGAGGAUGAUGAGGGCGAUGAGCAGCGCCGCAGUGGUCAGUCCGAGAACUACGAGCAGCAUCAGCAGACAGCGCUCAUGUCCCGUCAGACAGGCGAGGAUGAUGAGGGCGAUGAGCAGCGCCGCAGUGGUCAGUCCGAGAACUACGAGCAGCACCAGCAGGCAGCGCUCAUGUCUCGUCAGACAGGCGAGGAUGAUGAGGGUGAUGAGCAGCGCCGCAGUGGUCAGUCCGAGAACUACGAGCAGCAUCAGCAGACAGCGCUCAUGUCUCGUCAGACAGGCGAGGAUGAUGAGGGCGAUGAGCAGCGCCGCAGUGGUCAGUCCGAGAACUAUGAGCAGCACCAGCAGGCGGCGCUCAUGUCUCGUCAGACAGGCGAGGAUGAUGAGGGCGAUGAGCAGCGCCGUAGUGGUCAGUCCGAGAACUACGAGCAGCAUCAGCAGACAGUGCUCAUGUCUCGUCAGACAGGCGAGGAUGAUGAGGGCGAUGAGCAGCGCCGCAGUGGUCAGUCCGAGAACUACGAGCAGCACCAGCAGGCGGCUCUCGCGUCUCGUCAGACAGGUGAGGAUGAUGAGGGAGAUGAGCAGCGCCGCAGUGGUCAGUACGAGAACUACGAGCAGCACCAGCAGGCGGCGCUCGCGUCUCGUCGUAUGCCUCUAGCACAGUGCGACGAUGAUGAGGGCGAUGAGCAGCGCCGCAGUGGUCAGUCCGAGAACUACGAGCAGCACCAGCAGGCGGCGCUCGCGUCUCGUCAGACAGGCGAGGAUGAAGAGGGCGGUGAGCAGCGCCACAGUGGUCAGUCCGAGAACCACGAGCAGCAGCAGCAGACAGCACUCAUGUCUCGUCAGACAGGCGAGGAUGAUGAGGGCGAUGAGCAGCGCCGCAGUGGUCAGUCCGAGAACUACGAGCAGCAUCAGCAGACAGCGCUCAUGUCCCGUCAGACAGGCGAGGAUGAUGAGGGCGAUGAGCAGCGCCGCAGUGGUCAGUCCGAGAACUACGAGCAGCACCAGCAGGCAGCGCUCAUGUCUCGUCAGACAGGCGAGGAUGAUGAGGGUGAUGAGCAGCGCCGCAGUGGUCAGUCCGAGAACUACGAGCAGCAUCAGCAGACAGCGCUCAUGUCUCGUCAGACAGGCGAGGAUGAUGAGGGCGAUGAGCAGCGCCGCAGUGGUCAGUCCGAGAACUAUGAGCAGCACCAGCAGGCGGCGCUCAUGUCUCGUCAGAAAGGCGAGGAUGAUGAGGGCGAUGAGCAGCGCCGCAGUGGUCAGUCCGAGAACUACGAGCAGCACCAGCAGGCGGCGCUCGCGUCUCGUCAGACAGGCGAGGAUGAUGAGGGCGAUGAGCAGCGCCGCAGCGGUCAGUCCGAGAACUACGAGCAGCAUCAGCAGGCGGCGCUCGCGUCUCGUCGUCCUCUUGAGGCUGUGGACAGAGAAGCAAGGCGUGAGACGUCGGUGAGGUGA